CUGACAAGCAAUAUUGGACAAAGAGGCGUUUAAUUCGUGCCCGCCUCUGCAGACUGCAGCUUCUUCGUUUUUCUCUCUUUCUGCCCAAAUCUCUACAUUCCAACUUUGCGUCACGUUUCUGGACUUGCGUCGAAUGGCGUUGUGCAAACGCGCUUUUCAUUUGUGCUCCAACCAUCGUCUCUGCCUGGCCAAGUAUCGCGACCUCGAUUAUGUUGUCCCUUCUAUGACGUUGCAGAGUAGCAGGCACCUUUCGCAGGCCAUGAACUCCAACCUAAAGCGCGCGUUCCUCGUCGACACACUUGCGCUGGUAAGGGGUUUAGAGGCUAAAGGAGUUCCGUCCAAACAAGCCGAAGCGAUAACUUCUGCAAUCACCCAAGUUCUUAAUGAUAGUUUGGAAAAUGUAGUUAAUUCGUUUGUUUCAAAGAUCGAAAUGCAAAAGUCAGAGGUACUUCAAGAAUCGAGUCUGUCCAAGUUCAAAUCUGAAGUGCAAAGUUCUCAGGAGCAUCAUUUUUCUCUGUUGCAACGUGAGACCGAGAAGCUUCGUGGUGACAUUGAGAAGAUGAGAAGUGAAAUGAGAUACGAGAUUGACAAAGUCACUGCUGGACAACGUCUAGACCUGAAUCUUGAAAGAGGACGCAUACGUGAUGAGCUUGCUAAUCAGAACGCUGAAACCUCCAGUUUGACAAACAAACUCGAUCGGGAAAUUCAUGAAUUAAGAGCCCACGUAGAAGCUGCAAAGUAUGAUGUGAUCAAAUACUGCAUAGGUACUCUUGUUUCCAUAUCUGCAGUGGGUCUCGCUGUAAUCCGCAUCAUAUUAUAGUCUUCCGUAAAUUGAGCGGAGGGUGAAUAGUAUUGUAUUGACGUCUCUGUUUACCUUUUUCUUAGCAAUUUCGUAAAAUUCAAGGAUCACCCAUUUUUAUCCAUUGCUACCACAAGACUAAAGUUUUUUCAAAUUCCACCCUUGACUAAACGUGCAAUACAACCCUACCCACACUCCCAAAACAAAAUGUUAAAUGGUAUAGAAUUCGUUGGUUAGGAUUACUGACCCCAAAAAAAGUUGCUAUUGCUCCGUCCGAUUGGAAACGGGUUAUUGUAUGUUAAACGGAAGGAAUAGAAACUACGUUGUUAUAUACGGAAUGCCAAAGGAUGCACUGUUCCUGAAGGCUUGAUGUUGAAUUUUUUUCUUUUAAAUAUAGUUACUGAUUUCAAUGGUCCUCA